GCGUGCGGCCUUGGACCCUCGCGGCCAGGAUAUGUUUCUUGGUCUUUGUACCAUGACCUGGCGCCAAUGAUUUUUUACUUUCCCCUGCAAACACUGGAGCUCACCGGGCUCGAAGCUUUUGGUGUUGCCUUUCUUUCUCCAAUACUCCUAACAAUUACUCCUUUCUGGAAAUUGGUUAACAAGAAAUGGAUGCUGGCCUUGCUGCGGAUCAUCACUGUGGGCAGCAUAGCUUCCUUCCAGGCUCCAAAUGCCCGACUUCGACUGGUGAUGCUGGCCCUGGGUGUGUCCUCGUCGCUGCUAGUGCAAGCUGUGACUUGGUGGUCAGGAAACAGCUGGCAAAGGUACCUCAGAAUCUGGGGCUUCAUUUUAGGACAGGUUCUCCUUGUUGUCCUCCGAAUAUGGUACACCUCACUCAACCCAAUCUGGAGUGAUCAGAUGUCCAACAGAGUGAUACUGACAUUAAGUACCAUAGCCAUACUUGAUCGUGUUGGCACAGAUGAGGACUUCAGUAAUCUGGAAGGGAAGAAGCCUAGCAAGGCAGCCAAGAGCCUGGCCUGUAGACCUAACUGGCUGUUGGCAGGGGUUGCCUUUGGAACCCUUGUGUUCCUCACCCACUGGGUCUUCGGAGAGGUCUCUCUUGUUUCCAGAUGGGCAGUGAGUGGUCAUCCCUACCCAGGGCCAGGUCCUAACCCAUUUGGAGGUGCAGUUCUGCUGAGUUUGACAAGUGGAUUGAUGCUUUCAGCGUGCUCAUGGUUUCAUGGCGCUAUCUGGUGGGCUGUAGGAGCAGCUUCGGCCGCUGGUCUUCUUUACCUGCGCGCAUGGGCAGCUGCUGUUUCCGGCUGUGUCCUGGCCACCUUCACUGGGUCCAUGUGGCCUCAAGUGCUUGGACACCUGGUUAGCUCAGGGACAAGGCCUGGGGAGACCAUGGCUGUGGCCAUGACAGUUUAUAUUCUAGACAUGUUCUUCUGUGCAUGGUGCACAGCUUUUAAGUUUGUUCCAGGAGGCAUCUACGCUAGAGAAAGAUCAGAUGUGCUUCUGGGGUCCACGAUGUUAAUUAUUGGAUUGAAUAUGUUAUUUGGUUCAAAGAAAAACUUUGACUUUCUCCUGCAAACAAAAAACAGUCCUAAAGAACCUUUCAGAAAAAGUGAUAAAUACAUUAAACUUUUGUUGUGGCUGCUGGUUGGUUUGGGGUUGUUGGGAUUAGGACUACGGCAUAAAACCUAUGAAAGGAAAUUGGGCAAAGGGGCAUCAACCGAAGAGGUCUCUGUGGCCAUCUGGCCUUUCCGGUUUGGAUACGACAAUGAAGGAUGGUCUAGUUUAGAAAGAUCGGCCCAGCUGCUAAACCAGACAGGUGCAGAUUUUAUUACCAUCUUGGAGAGUGAUGCUUCUAAGCCCUAUAUGGGGAACAAUGACUUAACCAUGUGGCUAGGGGAGAAGUUGGGUUUCUAUACAGACUUUGGUCCGAGCACACGGGAUCACACCUGGGGGAUUAUGGUACUGUCAAGAUACCCAAUUGUGAAAUCGGAGCAUCACCUUCUUCCGUCGCCAGAGGGCGAGAUCGCACCGGCCAUAGCCCUGACGGUGAACGUCUCAGACAAACUGGUGGAUUUCGUUGUGACACACUUCGGAAAUCAUGAAGAUGAUCUUGACAGAAAACUGCAAGCUAUUGCUGUUUCAAAACUAUUGAAAAAUUCCUCUAAUCAAGUGAUAUUUCUGGGAUAUAUCACUUCAGCACCUGGUUCCAGAGAUUAUCGACAGCUCACUGAACAUGGCAAUGUAAAGGAUAUCGACAGCACAGACCAGGACAGGUGGUGUGAAUACAUUAUGUAUCGGGGGCUGAUCAGGUUGGGUUAUGCAAGAAUUUCCCAUGCUGAGCUAAGUGAUUCUGAAAUUCAGAUGGCCAAAUUUAGGAUCCCCAACGACCCCAUUAAUUACAGAGACAAUCAGAAAGUGGUCAUAGACCACAGAGAGGUUCCCAGGAAAAUUCACUUCAAUCCCAGAUUUGGAUCCUACAAAGAAGGACACAAUUAUGAAAACAAUCAUCAUUUUCACAUGAAUACUCCCAAAUACUUUAUAUGA